GGUCACCGCUCACUCGUAUACUUGUAUAAACCUCCCGGGCUUGGUGCUAGGGUUUGUUUUUCUUUUGCUAUAUAGAUAAUCUUUUGGCGGGAAUGAAUUAAGUUACCACCCUUCCCCUCAGAAAAGAAAGAAAGAAAUCCCUAAAUCAAAACGAAAGAAACCCUAGAAAGAGGAGUGAAUCAAAUCCGAAUCGAAGGGGGUGAUGGGAAAAGACGAAGAGGAAAUGAGGGGAGAGAUAGAGGAACGAUUGAUAAACGAAGAGUACAAGAUAUGGAAAAAGAACACUCCUUUCCUCUACGAUCUUGUUAUCACUCAUGCCCUCGAAUGGCCUUCUCUCACCGUCGAAUGGCUUCCAGACCGUGAUGAGCCCCCUGGCAAGGACUACUCCGUCCAAAAGAUGAUUCUUGGUACCCACACCUCCGAAAACGAGCCUAACUAUCUUAUGCUCGCCCAGGUCCAGCUUCCUCUCGAUGAUGCCGAGAACGACGCCCGCCACUACGACGACGACCGCUCCGAUUUUGGUGGCUUUGGCGCCGCCAAUGGCAAGGUGCAAAUAAUCCAGCAAAUAAAUCAUGAUGGGGAGGUGAAUAGGGCACGGUAUAUGCCACAAAACCCAUUUAUGAUAGCUACCAAGACUGUUAGUGCUGAAGUUUAUGUCUUUGACUAUAGCAAGCACCCAUCUAAGCCUCCUCUUGAUGGUGCAUGCACCCCUGAUUUGAGAUUGAGGGGUCACAACACUGAAGGCUAUGGUUUGUCUUGGAGUAAGUUUAAAGAAGGUUAUUUGCUUAGUGGUUCUGAUGAUGCCCAGAUUUGCCUGUGGGACAUUAAUGCCACUCCCAAGAACAAGUCCCUUGAUGCUACGCAAAUCUUUAAGGUUCAUGAAGGUGUUGUAGAAGAUGUAGCAUGGCACUUGAGACAUGAACACUUGUUUGGUUCUGUUGGGGAGGAUCAAUACCUGCUUAUAUGGGAUCUCCGAACUCCAUCUGUGACCAAGCCUGUCCAUUCUGUUGUUGCUCACCAAAGUGAGGUUAACUGCUUGGCUUUUAAUCCUUUUAAUGAAUGGAUUGUUGCCACGGGAUCUACUGAUAAGACUGUCAAGUUAUUUGACAUACGGAAGAUCAAUACUGCACUUCACACCUUUAACUGUCACAAGGAGGAGGUUUUCCAAGUCGGAUGGAAUCCCAAGAAUGAGACUAUCUUAGCUUCUUGUUGCCUUGGAAGAAGGCUCAUGAUCUGGGAUCUUAGCAGGAUUGAUAUUGAGCAGACACCUGAGGAUGCUGAAGAUGGCCCACCAGAAUUGCUUUUCAUUCAUGGUGGCCACACGAGUAAAAUAUCAGAUUUUUCGUGGAACCCAUGUGAUGAUUGGGUUAUUGCUAGUGUAGCUGAAGAUAACAUUCUUCAAAUAUGGCAGAUGGCAGAGAAUAUCUACCAUGAUGAAGAUGAUAUACCAGCAGAUGAAUCUACUAAAGAUUCAUAGUUUAUUUCCAGGCUUUCAGAGUAUAUUAUCAAUCUCAUAAGGUGUACUUGUAGGAUCUUUUGGUAAUUUAGACUUUCUCUUUAUAUGGUUGGCCUCCAAUAGAUCGUCUGUGUAUGCUUUCUUUUGAAUAUGCCGAACUGAUGUGUAAUGACCCAUUUAUAGCAUUAUUAUCUUAGAAAAUUUUUGUUCUGUUUGUGGAGUUUGGA